UUUUUUGUUGUGAAGAGAUUAAUAAUGUGACACAUUCAAAAAUAAAAGCAUAAUGCGAUUGAUAUAACACAUAAACCAUAAUGACUACACGUACCAAAGUAAAUAAUACAAUUCAUGGGGAAACAAAACAUGGCGCUAAUGGAAAACUUAGUAUGCAAAAAAAUCUUCGACAAAAGAAUAACGAAGAUUUAGAAACAUCAUCAACAUCAACGAUAGAAAAUACGAAAAAUGUGAAUAGACGUAUAAGUUUUAAAAUUAAACAAAGUUUACCACCCAGACGAUUAGAAAAUCGUAUGUAUAUUACAACAAUAAGUGCUAGUCGUGUACAAGAAUUAACAUCAAAAUUUAAUCAGUUAUGUUCAACAAUUGAUGAACAAAAAUUACCAAAAAAGUAUAACACAAAAAUUAUUAAAACAACAAAUUUAAUUAACAAAGAACCAAUGACUGCCAAAACAAUCGAACAUGUUAAAAAGAAACCUAGUAUUAAAAGGAAACCAAGUUUUAUACGUAUCACACCAUCAAAAAAUAUUAGUGAAACAAUUAAAUUAUUUGAACAAAAUGUGCCAUCAACUGUAAAUAAAUUACAAAAAGCUAAACAAACAAUUUUAAUUACAUCAACAAUUGAAAAAUUAAAAAGUAAUACCACCACAUCGCAAUUUCAUAAACCGUUAAAACAUAUUGAUAGUUUAAAAACAAGAAAUUCAACAAUAAAAAAAGCACAGGAUCAUUUAGAUGGUAAAAAAAUUGAAUUAGGAAAGAAAAAAGUUAAAUUAAAAUCAUCAACCGAUUCAUCAUUAGAAAAUAUUUGUACUGAAAAUGAAAAAAAUAAUGUAAAUGAACAAGAAUCUCAGGAACAAAAAACCCAAAGUACGACAAUUGUAGAAGAAAAACCAAAUAUAACGACAAUUGUUACAGAAAAAAUCCAAAAUACUUUACCAGUUAAAGAAGAUAAUGAAAUAAAAUUAACAAAUAAUAUUAUAAAAAUCCAAAGUAUUGAUGAAAUUGAAUCUAAAGAGGAAGAAACACCGAUAAUUAUAACCAAAAAACCAAUAGCACCAAAUACAUCAUUUUUAUGGCGUAAACCAGCUGAAGUAUAUGAUAAAUUAAUGUUAAGUGUACCUGAAUCUGAUGAGAAUAUUGAUAGUAUUUCAAUAGUUUCAUCAUCAGAAAGUUAUGUACAAAAAUAUGAGAAAAUGAUUGCAAAAACUGAUGCAUUAAUAACAAAAUAUAAAUCUGAAUUGUAUUCAAAACAUGUAAAUGAUAAUUCUAGUACACAUAGUUACGAUAAUUAUGAAUUUGUUGAGCGUAUUAAUGCUAAUAAUACAGCUGGUGAUUCAGAUUCAAGUUAUGAGGAAGUUGGUUUAAAUACAAGUCGUUUAGAAGAAGAGGAUGCAAGUAAUUUAUAUGAACAAAUUGGUUCAGAGACUGAAACAAUUAUUAAUGAAACAAAAUCAAUACCACCGUCUGUUCCACCAAGAGUUGAUGUUGAGAUUUUAGCAAAUGUUAUUAAACGGAAUUCAUUAACCAAUAAUAAUAAUGUCACGAAUAAUAAAGAGGAUAAAACUGAUCCGUCCAAUUAUUAUGAAAGUAUAUGUGGAGGAAAUACAUCUCGAUGUAAUUCAACUAUUUCACAUGAUCAACAAAGUAAUAGUUUGUAUGGACGUUGGGAGGGUGGUAAAGCUGAGAGUGAUAUUAGUUAUAGUGAUAAAAGUGAUGAUUGGGUUGAUGUUUCGGAUUCAUCGAAAACUGAUUAUUAUAAUGAAGAAUCUUCUACUUUUAUAAUCAUUCAUGAGAGGCCUAUUCAGAAAAAAGCUGAAAAAACAUGGUCAGAUAAAGUUCGUUGUCAUAAUCAAAAGAGUUCCUCAAAAAGUAUUAUUUCAAAAGGUGACGAUGAAUCUGAUCAUCUUUAUGAGAGUUUAUCGUCCAAUGAACAUGAAUCAGAUUUCGAAGAGAUAGUUGAUUCAUUUGAUAGUGAUUCUGAAUUUGAAGGAGGAACACAUAUAGAACAGAAUCAUACUGGAGAUAAAUUUGAUAGCUGCCAAUUACCACCAACACCGGAAGCAAAUGUGUAUUCGUUAAGUCGGCUUGCAAAUAGAGCUGGUAAACAUAUGCAAAAAUUGAAGAAAAAUUGGUUUUUGACAAAGAAUGAUUUAACAAAAUCUCUAGGACGUAUAACCAGAAAGAAGACACAGACUGAAAUUAAAAUCAAUCCUCCUGAAAUAUCUGAACCAAAACUUGAAUCAUCUUCGGUAUUUUAUGAGAAUGCUAUAUCAUUAUCAAAUCAAACUGCAGCACAGUCAACACUUGAUAAUGAUAAACUAGAAUCAUCGCCUCAAGCUAAGCUGCGUAAAUCGUCAGUUUCUAAUCGAAGUACCUCAGAUUCAAAAAUAAUGCAUCGUAAUUCAGCUUUAGCAACACCUGAUCACACUAGUGCAGAAAAACCAACCAAAAAGCGACAAUGGUCAACAAAAUUUAAACGUAGUUUAUCAUUGAGUGGCGAAAUACUUGCAACAAGUGCACAUCAAUCACCUAGACAUUCUUUAACACCGGAGAAGCCUCAAUCAACAUUUUAUUUGUACAAUAUACAAAUAGAUAAAGAACCAAAAACUGAAGAAGGAAAUAUUACAAACGAAAAACCAUCCUCGGUUCCAGCAUUACCAAUAAAAUCAAAUUCUGCAUCUCCAAUAAUAGAUUCAAAUAAGAAAAGUUCGUGGUAUACUGAUAAUGAAAUAUAUCUAGAAAAUAAAAUAAAACCUGCCAAAUCUCCUUCGGCAUGUUGGUAUGCUGAAAUUAACUUGUAUCCUAAUUCACCCCAACCAAACAAUAAUUCUACAAGGACUGAAAAUAGUGCGGAUAGUAGUGAUAGUUUUUCAUCUUCAACUACACCAACGCUUAAAGACGAAAAUGACAGUGUGUCAUCCUAUGGAAAAUACUAUAAUUCUUUAAACAGAGAACAUUUGCGAAUAGCUGAAGAUCCAAAUGAGAAUGGUGAAAAAAUACAUCCACAAUUUCUUCAAGAUGAGCCACUAUAUCAGUUUUAUACAGCUGAAAAAGUGGAAUCAGGAAUGAGAAUAUUGCGUUCAUCGUGGAAUGAGGAUGACGAUAGUGAUGGCUACGAACAAGUUGGAGAAAUUUCAAACCAGAAACAAUCACGGCCAUCAGCCAUGCAAUUAAUUCGCCCUUCAUCACCUGGCCAAAACCGAACUCUAUGGUGUGAAGUACCACAAGUUAUUUCAUCUAAUAUAUUAAAUUCUCUAACCCUACAACAGAAAAAACUUCAAGAAGCUAAAUUUGAAUUAAUCACAUCAGAAGCAUCAUAUUUAAUAUCAUUAAAUGUAUUAUGUAAUCAUUUCAAAGACACAAUUCAUAGAGAACAUUUGUUACCCGAUGAAGAUCAUUUCACGUUAUUUGGAAAUAUUGAACCUGUUAAAAAAUGUUCUGAAAACUUAUUAGCAGAUUUAGAAAAUUGUUGGCAGGAUAAUAUUCUUCUACAUGGAAUAUGUGAUAUAUUAAGACAACACGCAAACGAUCAUUUCUCUGUUUAUAUAACGUAUUGCGAAAAUCAAGUGAAUUUGGAACAAGCAUUUAAAAAAUUGAGAGAACAAAAUGGACAAUUUGUCGAUGUACUUAAUAAAUUAGAAUCUAGUCCCAUUUGUCAAUCAUUACCCUUACAUUCAUUUUUAAUGUUACCAAUGCAACGAAUUACUAGACUUCCAUUACUCGUAGAUGCCAUACUAAAAAGAUUGACGUCAGAUGAUGAUGAAUAUGAAUCUUGUCAAUCGGCUUUAGCUGCUGUUAGUAAGGUUGUACAACAAUGUAAUGAAGCAGCUCGAAAUGUUGAACAACGUACUGAAUUUAAACGAAUUUGGAAUAAAUUAGAUUUCCCAUCAAAACAACCUUCAGCUAAUUUUGAACAAAACAAAUUGAUACGAUCUGGCGAGGUCACUCAACUUAUAUCACGUGGUGAUGAUGCAAAACUUACAUUUGGAAAGAAAUUUAUAAAAAUUCCGUUACAUUUGUUUCUAUUUACAAAUUUAUUUAUUGUAGCUAAACGCAAAGGAAGUGAAGAUUUGUACAAUGUUAUUCAUUAUUGUCCACGAAAUUUUGUGGAAAUACAAACAAAUGAAGUGCUACAAUUAACUACAAAAGAUACAACUGGGAAACAUUUACUAUUUCUUACAAUUUUAGAAAAUCAAGACAAGAAAACAAUUGAAAUGUUACUCAGUUGUGGUACGGCUACAGAUAAACAACGUUGGUAUGAAGCAUUUAUACCUCCGAUUUCACAAAAUCCUGAUGAAAUUCUAUAUGAAAGUUGGGAUUGUCCUCAAGUUAUAGUUUUACAUAAAUACAUUCCUCAACAACCUGAUGAAUUGCCCUUAGAUACAGGCGAUAUUGUUAAUGUUACUACAAAAAUGACAGAUGGUUGGUACCUUGGAGAACGAAUUCGGGAUGGUAGGAGCGGUUGGUUUCCUGGUAAUCAUGUCACUGAAGUUGCAAGUCCACAUGUACGUGCGAAAAACUUAAAACAAAGAUAUAGACUUUUAGCAUUAUCACAAAAUUUUUUAGAAUCACAAAAGAAGAAAUAAAAGCAAGAUUCUUGUUGCGCUUGUAAGAUAAAUAUUGUUAAUUAGUAUUAAUGUAAUAAGCAUUUUUUGGUGCGUUUUGAACUGAUAUAUAUCGUAUUGCAGCUUUGGGGAAAAGCAGUUAUUUUGUUGAUUUUUAACUUAUUUUAAAAAUAUACGAAAAUAUUUGUAAUCAUAAACUUAUAGUGCACAGUUUCACGUCCUUUUUUACAACCGAAAAUGAACGUGUGUGGUUUCAUUAAUCUUCAAACAUUUUGUAUUUGAGAAAAUAAGACGUUUUCUUUUGUGGAUCUCUAAAAUUGAUUGGAUCUGUAGAACCCAAGUAGUAAAUAGUCUAGUUUAACCCUUUUAAGACGUUUUCUAAAUGAAUCUUUCCAGUUAUUCAUGCAGAGAACCUAGGCCAAAGUACUUGAUUUUCUUGAAGAAGCAUUUAUACAUGAAGUUAAUACUUAAAGAGAAACUCAUCCUGAAACAUGAGUAUCCUAACAAAUUUAUUAAUAUUAUCGUGAAAUUCCUAAAAAUUUAAUUUUAACAUUACAGUAUUUAAUUCAGGAUCUUAGCCUCUUCUCCUAUUUCAUCCCUUGAUAAGUCGUUGAUCAUAUUCCAAAUCACUUCAGUAACCAAUUGCAAUCAAUAAGUAUUGAAAAAAUUAAUAAAAUAAUAAUUUUAGUAGUAUUUGUUUGAUAGUCAUUCAAGACCCAAUUGAGUAAUUUUCUGUAUAUACGAAAUAAUUAGUUCGAACAAUAUUAAUUACUGUGAUAAUUUUUAUUAA